ACCCUCUCUUAAGUUUCUUAUAAAUCCUCCAGUCUGUAACAGCCUCUCCUCUUCCUCCCGAUUCAUCCCAUCUCCAAAGCUGCUCACGCCCCAGAAAUAAAGAAGCUCCUCCCAGGGGCGGCGUACCGGUCCUCAUCGUCAAAACCCUAGCCCCGAUCCGAUCGAGGAGCGCUGCUUCCCAUGGCGGGCACCCCUAGCCAGGCGAGCCUCCUCCUCCAGAAGCAGCUUAAGGAUCUCGCGAAGAACCCCGUAGAUGGGUUCUCCGCUGGCCUGGUGGAUGAUAGCAGCGUCUUCGAGUGGCAGGUCACCAUCAUCGGCCCGCCCGAGACCCUAUAUGAUGGAGGCUACUUCAAUGCAAUAAUGACCUUCCCCCAGAAUUAUCCGAACAGCCCGCCAUCAGUAAGAUUUACUUCUGAGAUGUGGCAUCCGAAUGUUUAUCCUGAUGGGCGUGUGUGCAUUUCUAUUCUUCAUCCACCUGGUGAAGAUCCCAACGGUUAUGAGCUUGCAAGUGAACGGUGGACACCGGUGCACACGGUCGAGAGUAUAGUUUUGAGCAUCAUUUCGAUGCUCUCUAGUCCAAAUGACGAGUCUCCAGCAAAUAUUGAAGCGGCUAGCCAGUUGACCCCGGCAAAAUCGACCAUGAUCCAAUCUGGAUUGGCCGAUGCAUGAGGAGUGGUGUUGAUGUGGGCAUUGAGGGCAAAUUUGCCGAAGACUGUCGAAGAUGGUUUGCCAUUGAGUGUAGUUGGACUCGGAGAGAUCAAGCGUAAUCGGAACAUGCGAACGAAUGUUCACCAUUUGGAUGGUGGAGGGGACGGGCGCCGAGGCAGGUGGCGCAAGGGAGCUAGCGUUGGUGUUCCGGGAAGGAGGGUGGGGAAUAAGAGGUGGAAGAGACUGAAUUGGUGGCCAUGGCAGCAGAAGCAGUAGACGCGAAUAGGCUAUCGAUAGCGGAUUGAAUGCGCUCUGAAACCAUGAAAGAGUCUAGAGCUCAACUCACUGAAUUGUAUCAAGUAUAAUCGGAUAUUAUAUAGACGAUUUACAAGAGUAUGUUAGUGCUGAUCUGUUGUUAUCUCUAACUAACUCAAACAAACAGAGCUCAGUCAAGAACCAUGUGCCCAGGCAAAGCGCAGGGAGCUGCCCAGAGGAAUAGGGCGUCGUUGGACUGAGCUAACAGCUCACUAACACUUCUCUUGUUGAGCUAAGGAUGGGGACAUAGCACUUCUGCAGUUCUACUGUCAUCAUUGAGUUAUCAAACUAAUUUUCCUUAUGAUAGCCUCAAAGCACUUGUGUGCUUCUGAAGGUCUUAAUCAACAUUUGGUCCAAUUUGUGCCCAAACUUUCUAGUAUUAGUUGAAUCGCUGUAAAAGGUUCAGUUUGUUCCUAUCA